AUGUCACCUCCGCACUCAAGGAGGCUGGAGAAGCGGGCCUCGCCGGCGCCGCGGCACACCCUGGCAACAGAGGAGGUCGUCAAUCUGGACUUUGAAGCCCGUGUCCCGGUCCCUUUCAGCGUCUUCCCGUCUUCAUACAGGGAGGCCGAGACCGCCACUCAGACCCGCAUCCACGAAGAGGUUGAGAUCAAGCUCCCCGAGCACGCCGGACGGGAAGGUCAACACUCUUCUUUCCAAGCGCAAGCACAUCUUCCUCCUCGCGAAGAGGGUCGCUUCAGAGAAGAAGAGGUCCGCAUCACUCGUGAAGAGGGACACAACCGCCGUCCCGGCACCCACGAAGAGUUCGUCGUCGUCCGAGAGGAGCACCGCAGACCCAAGUCGACCUACUCCGAGUCUCGCUUCGAGGUCGAUACCCGCAGCAAUCCCGGCACUGCCAUUGACGUUGCUGAGAGCGAGUAUCGUUCCCGUUUCCAACCCAACUACCGCAAGGAGUUCUCCGUCGCCGGCACCACCGUCGACCUCCCUCCCCGGCUUCCUACCUUCAAGAAGGCCAAGACCGUUGUCGACGUGACCACCGUUGACCCCCCUGCCCGCCUUCCUACCUACAAGAAGGCACACACUGUUGUCGACGCGUACACGCUCGACCCCCCCAAGCCUCGCUCUACCUACCACGAGGAGGUAGACAUCGUUGAAGAGAUCGUUGAGCCUGCCUCUGACCCUUCGGAAGGCCGCAAAUCCAAGAUGGGCUACUACGAGGACGACGGCCACCACCACCACCACCAUCACUCCCUGCGUCACGGGUUGCACAAGUUGGCUGACCGCGUUUUGCAUCCUGAAGGCCACGACCGCGUUGAGGUCGCCGAGGUCCGCGAGGUCCGCCGCGGCGGCUCGCGUACUGCGUCGCCGGACAACGAGAGGCCGCCUAACACGGUGUCGAUCCCGUGCCACCACAUCCGCCUGGGCGACAUUCUCAUCCUCCAGGGCCGUCCAUGCCAGGUCAUCCGCAUCUCAACCUCGUCUGCAACCGGCCAGCACCGCUACCUUGGUGUCGACCUCUUCACCAAGCAGCUCCAUGAGGAGUCGUCGUUCGUCUCCAACCCGGCCCCCAGCGUGGUCGUCCAGACCAUGCUUGGCCCUGUCUUCAAGCAGUACCGCGUCCUGGACAUGCAGGAUGGCCACAUCGUCGCCAUGACCGAGACCGGCGACGUCAAGCAGAACCUGCCCGUCAUUGACCAGAGCAACCUCUGGGGCCGUCUCCAGAAGGCGUUCGAGUCUGGCCGUGGCAGCGUCCGCGUGCUGGUCGUCUCCGACCACGGCCGCGAGAUGGCUGUCGACAUGAAGGUCGUCCACGGCUCGCGCCUCUAA